AUGGACUGGAAUUACGUUUUUCUGAACUCCAUCUUCUAUCUCAUUAACUCGCUGACCUUCGUCCGAACGAGGGAAAUUUCGGCGGAGGAGGUGUGUCGAAUAUGCGACGGUUGCAUCUACGAGUCGAUAUCCUGCCAGGAGGCUGGACGGCUGUACAUGCUGCCGAACGACCUUCCAAGUGGAAUUCGGAAGGUCAUAAUUGUGGGGCAGCGUUUCGAAAGCCGAUUUCUCUCUCGGCGCAACAUAUCUUCGUACUCCCUUCCUGGAAUGGCAAUUCAGGAACUAACAAUCAUGGAUUGUGGCCUUCGAGCGAUCGAGUCGCAGACGUUUUAUGGAUUAAGCAGCCUAACCAAACUCGACCUCUCCAAGAACUCCCUUUCGCGAAUCCAAGCCCACACAUUCUCCAGUCUGCGAUUAGACCUUCUACGUCUGGAUGAUAACCAAGGCUUGCUUCUGGAAGCAGAUGCCUUCGAAAAUCUCACCGUUACCUCGCUUUCUAUGCAAAACUGUGGUCUGCAAAGUCUUUCUUUUGAGGUGUUCAAACCACUUUUGCUGAGUGGAACCCUUACUACCCUGCGUCUCACCUCCAAUCUCCUCACCACUAUCAAUGCUCAAUUUGAGCCGUUCUUCCGCAAUCUGUCAUUCCUCACACUUUCCAGGAACCCUUUCACCUGUGACUGCAAGCUAAUGUGGCUCAGUCGAACUCUCCAACGAAAAAGGCGGUCGGACAGUGAGGAUGCCUUUUCGCAUCUUCCUCUCGCAAUGGCAAACGAUGAUCGUCUUCUAACAGUGCCUGAUGGCGACCAUCCGGUGUGCGAGCAUCCGAAUCGUCUGCGCGGGAAGCAGAUAGUGUCGCUGACACCAGCGGACUUCUUCUGUGGACCACCCCAGGUGCAGGCCUUGGAGGUGGACUUUGGUGACAUUCAAGGCCAAGGUUUGAAUGGGACUGCAGUGGUGCAGAUCAAAUGCGCAGCUCGUGGCUCUCCUGAGAUGCAACUGGGAUGGUAUCGACGAAGUCGUCGAAGCACCGAACUGAUCCAGCUACCGAGUUCUCGGGAGGUCUCCCCAGGCGUCGUGGAAGCCUCACUUACACGCUUCCUCCACGCAAACUCCUCCGGUGGAAGUGUCGACGAGGAGGGUGAGCUUCUCACUUGCCUCGGGGUUGACACGAAUGGGAACACGAGCGCUGAUCUCUCCAUCCGUUGGCCUCCACCUCUUGCGCCUCCAGAUUCCACCAAUAAGAAUCUCGUGGAAACCGAGACCGAUGAGGCUGGAGGUCAUGGUGUUAGCCAAACACACUAUCAGUCAGUGAAACCGGAUCGAAUUGACGAUUUCUUUUUCGUGAAGAAAUUCACAAUCCUGGAGCUGAUUGGCGCCGUCGUGGGCACAUUUACGGCGACGAUUCUCUUAUUUUUGAUUGGCUACGUCCUCCUCUAUGUUCGACACGGUCGACAGUGUCCGAAGAGUCCAAAAGGCAUUUACCCACUGGUCUCCAAUUCGGGUCUGACAAAAUUUCCCGACUACCAGGUGCUGGACUCGAGUCCGCAGCCAACAGCUCAGAGCCCCCUAGAGGCGAUCAGUAAUCGAUCCUGUGAUCCCACCGACAGCAAGCGGCGACUAGCUCAGAUGGGUGAGUGGACGGAGACUGGCCGGUCUAGACGGCCGGAAGGGAGAAACAGCAGUGGUGUUUACUCAGAAUGUCCAAUCUACGACCUUCCAAGUAGUCAUUUGACCUCGUCGCCACUUCCACCACUUCCACCAGACCCCCCACCGCCUUCUCCGCCUUCGGUGAACCACUUCGCGACCGUUGGGGGAAUUCCCAUCGUCUAUCCUCAACAGCAUUUCAUUGAUGCCGUCAAUAACAACAACCUGCUAGCUCAAAGCCUUACCACGAACGCCAUUCUGGUGGAUAUGUUGACCCUACAACGACGACAGCACCAAUUACAACAGCAAGCCAACGGACCGCACACAGAAUUUCGAUUGUAA